AUGGCCGAUUUACCCACAGAUGUCCUGCAGCUUUAUGCGACGCAUCCUUUCGACUCCGACGAACUGUACCAGCAAGGUCUAUCGAGCAUAAUCUCGAAUGACGCCCUGGCCGCAACACCUGACGAGGAGAAGGAAGCGUUACUGAGGAGAACGAGAAUAUUCUACUUUGAAAAAAUUAAGGGUUUGACCAUCUCGGAAGAUGAAGCCAGAAGAGCGGAGGAGCUUUACGCCAAGCCCACCAAUAUGAGCCCUGAUACAAGUGCACUGCAGGCUCCUUCAGAAUUCGGAGAAGAGCAAGGAAAAGAACCCCGACAUCUUUCAUUUGCAGAGUUGAAAACGCUGAUAGAACAAGGGAGGACGGACGAGAUUCCAUACAACAAACAGAUUCCCGACAAACUCAACGAUGCGCCCCCGAGCACAUCAACGGUACCUCAAAGGAGGAAGCCUUGGGAGCUGGGAACGGCACAGGCAGCUGAGUCUAGCUGA